UCAGCGUUUGUUCCACGCGGAGUUUGAUCAGCCGGUGUACAGAAGGACGAUCGUAAGGUUCAAAAGGCGUACCAAGCAGAUCUAAAAUGUCGGAAACUGCAGGAAAGGUCAUCGAAUGUAAAGCCGCUGUGGCAUGGGAGGCCAAGAAGCCGAUGGUGAUUGAGGACAUCCAGGUUGCACCUCCUAGAGCAGGUGAAAUCCGAAUCAAGAUUUUGAACACGGGUGUGUGCCACACUGAUGCUUAUGUCCUCGACGGGUUUGAUCCGGAGGGUAUAUUCCCUGUGGUCCUGGGCCACGAGGGUGCUGGUGUUGUAGAGAGUGUUGGUGAGGGAGUCACUAGUGUCGAAACAGGCGAUCAUGUUAUUCCGCUGUACAUACCUCAAUGCUACGAUUGUAAAUUCUGCAACAGUAAAAAGACAAACUUGUGUGGCAGAAUCAGAUCCACACAGGGAGCCGGUUUGAUGCCAGAUGGAACAUCACGCUUCACAUGUAAGGGAAAGACACUGUUCCACUUCAUGGGCUGUAGUUCCUUCAGCCAGUAUACAGUGGUAGCUGAAAUCUCCGUCUCCAAGAUUGUUCCUGAAGCACCCCUGGAGAAAGUCUGUCUGUUGGGGUGUGGCAUCUCCACGGGAUACGGAGCGGCUCUCAAUACGGCUGGAGUGGAAAAAGGCUCUACGUGUGCUGUGUGGGGGCUAGGAGCCGUUGGAUUGGCUGUCAUGAUGGGAUGUAAAAGGGCUGGUGCAUCUCGUAUCAUUGGCAUUGACAUCAAUCCUGAAAAGUUUGAACUAGGAAAGAAGUUUGGAAUGACAGAAGGUGUGAAUCCAAAAGACUUUGACAAGCCAGUUCAGCAGGUGAUCGUGGAUAUGACUGACGGAGGAUGUGAUUACACCUUUGAGUGUAUCGGCAAUGUCGCAACCAUGAGGGCAGCACUGGAGUCCUGUCAUAAGGGCUGGGGAGUGUCAACUAUCAUCGGAGUGGCGGCAGCCGGACAGGAGAUCUCCACUCGGCCAUUCCAACUGGUCACUGGACGUGUGUGGAAAGGAUCAGCCUUUGGAGGCUGGAAGAGCAGAGACAGCAUCCCCAUACUGGUCGCCGAAUACAUGAACAAAGAGAUGAUGGUUGAUGAGUUUAUCAGUCACUACCUUCCUCUGUCUGAGAUUAACAAGUCUUUUGACCUCAUGCACAAAGGAGAAAGUAUCCGAGCUGUUCUGAACCUGCACUGAACUAUACCAACUCGGGACGGGACAACACAGCAUUGUUGAGAUACAAAAUCCAUCGAUGACUAGUGACAACAGCUUGUGAUGGUUAUAGUUUCCCUUGUACAAAAAAUGAACAUUAAUUAUGAUUUCUGUGAAAGUGCUAAUUAAUACAAUCAUUUAUAAAUCAUGAAUAAUUAUUCCAGUAUAUCUAUAUGGUGGAAUUGGUAUUUGAUAAUUAUUUUUAGUUAAUAAUUUUCUGGUUGUACAUGUAUGUCAUGGAGAAAAAAUUCUUCUUCAAUGAUUAGGGUCGCCUUCGUACGGAAAAUUGUACAUU